AUGACCAAAAAAAGAAAAUAUGAUGGGGAGCCCUUUGAUGAGAACUCGCCAUUGGGCUUGCUAUUGUUGCAAAAGUUUGCUUUGGGUGGGCUCUCUGCUAUUGAAGUGCAACAGCUGGCAGGAGCUGCCACAGCCUCUGGAGCAAAGGGCUGGGACCUGGGAAAGCUCUCUCAGCUAGGAGAUGAUGACUUGCCAAUACCUUGGCUGCUGCAUGGAGAUGCUGCACCGUUUUCAGAAGUUGACUCCUUGGAGGUUCUUUCACUCAGGUGUGCCAUCACCUCCAAAUCAAUCAAGGCUAGCCAGCUUUUGCUGGGCUGUGUGCCCAAGAGUUGCAAGGUGGCAAAGACCACUCAGCCAUGGUGGGACAUGUUGAAAGACAGCUUCCAAUACCUGGCUGAAGGCAGGCUGCCUAACGGUAAGAAGGUCAGGAGAGGAGUCCUGAUGGUCAUAGCAGGUGACUUGGAAUGGUUCAACCAAGAGUUCAAAUGGCCCACAGCCUCCUCCAACCAGUGCUGUGUCUAUUGCUCUGCUGACAACUUGCAUGAAGGAGGUGACUACCCCUUCACUGACAUGAGGGGCAAUGCCAAAUGGAAGGAGACCAUCAAGGGCCCAGAAGAAGCCCCUCACCCACAUCCAAUUUAUGGUGCUCCUGGGGUGUCAUGGCUGACACUGAAGCUGGACAUGCUCCACAUGGUGGAUUUGGGUGUGGCUUCUCACACCUAUGGCAAUGUCAUCUGGAGCAUCAUGGAAGAUGAGCUCCCAGGUUCAUCGAGAGGCAAGAGGCUGGCUUCUAUGAACACUUUGAUUUCAAACUUGUAUGAUGAACUGGGAGUGGAAGCAUCAAGAAGAAUCAAGAGGUUGCACCAAAGUGAUCUUGCAAGUGGUGACACAGAGGUUUCUGUGAAGCUAUGUGAAAUGCAUGCUGCUGACAAUGCUGGCAAACACAGGCUGGCAGCCUGCAAGCACUUGGCUGAGAUGUACAGGCUGAGCAGGCUGGAAGACUACAAAUGGAAGCCUGCAGACCAGAUCAAAUUUCAGAAGGCUGUGGAAGCCUUUUUAGCACACUAUGGGUGGUUGGCAAAGCAUGCCAUGGAGCAAGGGCAGUGUCGGUGGUCAAUUGUGCUAAAACAUCAUUUGUGUGCCCACUACCCUUCACAGUGCAAGCAUCUUGCACCUAGACUAUGCUGGUGCUAUGCACCAGAGAGCUUCAUGGGUGUAAUGAUCAAAAUUGCAUCAGCUUCAGUGCAUGGUACCAAAGCAUGGAAGCUACCACAGAAAGUGGUCAGUAGGUUUGCCUUUGCCUGGCACAUGAUGCAGCUAGGCUUGCUGGAGGCAGCGCAAGCUGUCCAAGCCCUCCCAGAACUUCGCUUGAACAAACACUAUUUGGGCAAGCUGAAGAAGUUGUUCGGGGAUUCCAAGUUACCUUGGGAAUGUCCUGCAGAGUUUCGUGUUGGUCGGACACCUCGCGCAAGUUUGUCCCAGGCUGAGCUGGAGGAUGUGCUGUUGUUUGUGAAGUGGAGCCAGCGAACUGGCUGCCCCUUGACCAUCCAACAGGUCGAAGACGCGAUUACCCUGAUGAAGCUGGAGAAGCGCCUUGCAUCAUCAAUAUGUUGGUAG